AUGGAUGUCAUUGCACCCCCUCCCCCGCAGUCGGCCUCCCCGGGUCUCGUUCAAGAUUUCGCUAGCCACGCAGCCCUGUACGGCAUAGAUCCACGAAUUGCAACUCUAGACGCGAUUGACCCUUCGCAUCCUCUGCUGUCCUCGCCCAGCUCGAACUCCGCGUCUACGGGCGCUUCGCAUGCUUCAUCACCCGCCUUGACCGGCGUGGCCCCUUCGUUCACGACCGGUUCGUCUUUCUUCGCCUUCCCUACGUAUGAGUACGGUACGACUUUCAGCACUCCAGGAUCCGCCGCCUCGUCCGGCAAUUUGACUGCUGGGGGCUCAGAUCUGGGUUUUCCCUCGGCCGGCGGUGGUCCCCCAACCACUGGUCACGAGUCCGGAUUCGACUUCCCCCCUCCGGGCUUCGAUAACUCAGCAUCGUCAAGCACUGAGGAUACCCCGGGCGGCGCCCAUCUGAUGGUACUAGGUGAUCUGUUGAAAAAUAUCGCGCGAACAGCCAACUCUGGUAGCGAUGCUUGUUCGCUGGGCCAGAGCAGCGAUGCGCGAGAGAUCGUCACCGUGUUGAAGAAAAAUGUCCUGCUCGUGGCUGAGCUCGUGGCUGCCAUGCAACUGGGUGACGAUGAGACGGUUGGAAACUCUCCCCCUCACCAAACAGGGACCACCUCUUCAUCCGCGUCCGCGUCCGCGGCCCCUACAGCGAUUGGUGAAUAUCAACAACCCCCACUCACGCUAGGCGGGCUACCACCUGGGGGCUCACUCGACCUCAGCACAAUGUCAGACGGUUCGGACACUUCACGGAAACGCUGCGCUUCAUCCAUGGCUGGAGAUCGUGUAGUCAAGUCGAUGAAGCUUGAACCACAGGACGACACUCCGCCCCUGCAAAUAUCGCCAACGACCACCGUCCCUUCGACGAUGAUGUCCCAAGGCCACUUUGCCUACUCAUAUCCGGCUUCCAUGAGCUCGAUCACCGAUAUUUCAGCAGUUCCCUCCAUGAUGUCCACCUCCUCCAUGUCCUCGUCGCGACCACCCAGUUCCGCCGGAAUACCUCCCCCCCUUGCCUUGGGGAUGAUGCACGAUGCCAACCACUCGACGAGCUCCCUCCAUGCCGGGCUCGUUGGGGAAUCUGUGUCCUCCCUUCCACACUCACCAGAUUACUUACCAGCUUCAGGCGCAACUUCGGCCUCGAUCGCACCGUCGCCGGGUUUCAUUCCUGGUCCUGGCUGGUCCGACGGCCGUGUCUCCACCCCCCGUCAGCCUUAUCAUUCUCUCUCCCCUGGAUUGGUAUUGAACGAUAUGCUUGCAGUGACCAACGGCAUGUCCGUGGCCGGCUCCUCGACAUCGUUCACGGGUUCGAUGUACUCACCGACGAGGAGUACUCACCUCGCACAAGCGCCGAUGAACGCGGCGUCGGCCACGAUCGUCCGGGCGUCGCGUUCGCAGUCGCUGUCGUAUCCGUUUGCGCAUACAGCGGAGAGCAUAUCGCACCCUACGAUGUACGAGUCGACAUCGCAGUCGCGGCCUUCGACGUCGGGACACCACAGCCCGAGGGGGUCGUCGCCGGAGGAGAACGAUGAGGGGUCAGACGACGACGGCGAGGGCCAGGGCAAUCAGUACGCAUCCGUGGGGUACUUGAGAGGUGAUGGCGCUGAGAGUAUAUCUAGUGCCGACGGCCUGAACGGAAUGCGCCAUGCCGGACAACGGCGGAUGAGCCGCACCUCGCCCUCAAACGAGGGGGCGUCUUCUUCGAGCCACGGCAACGAGGUGCCGCAGGAGUACCGGGCCGAUGUCGAGCGCAUCUUCUUUGAGUUUUUGACUUCGAUCUGUUCGAACCUGGAUGCGACCGACUCCAAGGGCGAGCCGAUCCACCAGACGCUCAUGGCAAAGAAGAUGCAGCGCCUGGACGAGUCCCCCGACUUCCGUCCCUUCAAGUUCCGGAUCCAGGCCUUCACGAACGCCUUCCUCGAAGAGCUCGCCCGCCAAGGCUUCCCCGAGGAAAAGAUUCCCAUGAAAAAGGCGAGUGCCCGCGCCAUCCGCAACUUCCUCUGGAACCAGCCGUACAUCUCGCGUUUCAACGAGGAGGGCAAGAAGUCCAAGUCAAAAGGCAACCAUAUCUGGCACGUCGACGCCAAAAGGUCGGACGGCGGCUGGCUCUUCCGCCCCUUCAGGCGCAAGCUCGCCGGCACCCCCCCGGGCGUCGCCUACGUCGGCUUGCGCUGGACGUGGACACCCCGUAUCUGGGACCCACAGGCGUCGCGUGCAAACAUGCCCGUCAACUACAGCUCCCCCGCCCUGCCGCCCUGGUUGUCGUGGAAGGAGGAAUCGCUGACCGGGAUACCCCCACCGGACGCUCAGAGCUGCGACGUAACAGUCGAAGCCAGGUUCAUACAAGAUGGGAAGGAGGAGCUGCUCACCCAUACCGUGCACAUCACCAUCGCCCCGAUGGCCGCGGUGGACUCCACGUUCACACCCUCUCGGCGACCUUCGCUUGUUGGUGACAUUCACAACCCCAGACGAAUCUUCAGCGAUUCCAUCGUAAGCGGUGUCGCGCAGCAGCCUGCCGUGGCCACCCAGCGGAUGAUUCGUGCCGGAGCACUUGCCGCUGCCGUGUCCGCGCCGGUGGUUGCGCCGGAUUCCCAGGUCGUGCAGGUGCUUACCACGGCAGCCCAGCGCGUCGCGCAAGAGGCCCAAUCACAAGUCGUGGCGUCGCCGAACGAAGCCGGACCAGAGCUGCAGGCCCUUGCCAAGCAGCAACACGUCCUGACCGUCACCGCACAGGCCAUCAGCUCGAAGCUCGCUGGCGAAGUCCCGGACAACGCCGUUGCGCAAUCGAACGCGCUCACCGUCGCGGCCCAGCAAGUUGUCCUGCAAGCCGCGCGCCAGGUCGUCGCCGACCGGACCGUUGCGGCAGUCUCAUCGGGCCUACCGUCUGCCGUGGGCGCCAACACCAUGCCGCAGGUUACGGUCAAGGAGGUGUCCGUCGCGACGCAGUCCGCCGUCGCGCAGGCUGUCGACAUGGUCGGCCCGCUCUCGAGCGAGGUUGACGUGCUCAUGACCGCCAAGUCCCUCCUCCAGCAACAGACGCGAGCCCCCAACGUCCCUGUGCACCCCGGCGUCGGCUCCAUGGAUCCCUCGCGGCCGCACUCAACGGGCACGACCCCGCCCUACGACAUGUCGAUCCCCGCCGUCCCGGUGCCGGUGUCGGUCGCGCCCUCCCUAGUAUCGCGGGGCGGUGUCUACUUCACGUCAUGA